UACUACUAUGAGGUUGGUGAUGAAUUUUACUGGACAGCUUCAAUUUUGGAAACGGGAGAGUGAAAGAGGCUGGUCGUUGAAUUGGUCGGAGCCAAAUGACAGGUGUAGUUCCUACAGUAUAUGCGGAAAGUUUGGCAGUUGCAAUAGAAAUGAUGGGACCUUGUGCAAGUGCUUACCUGGAUUUGCUCCUAGUAAUCCAGGAAGAUGGAAGUCAGGAAACUUUUCAGAGGGAUGUUUGCCGAUGACAGAACCCUGUCGGAGGAAUUACACCGAAGAUGUAUUUUUGAGGAUGCCCAUGGUGAAAGUGAGCUCUGGAUUUCGUAAUGAAACCGGUGUGAAAAAUUGUACAGAUGCAUGUCUGAUGGACUGCAAUUGUGUAGCUUACUCUUGUGGUGCUGCUGAUUGCUUAUGUAGCUACAAUGAGGCUUGCUUGAGGUGGUUUAAUGAACUUUCCGACUUUAAGGAGGAUUAUCCUGCUGGGUUUACUAUCUUCCUUCGCAGUACACAUUCUGAUAUAGAUUUGACAUCAAGAGGCUGCCAUCCUUGUGGAACAAAUAGCAUUCCUUAUCCUCUUAGCACUUCUUCUGAUUGCGGGGAUCCAUCAUACUUCAAUUUUCGCUGCAACAAAAAAACAGGACAGGCUGGAAACCACCACCAGAACUUGCUUGCAAUACAUCUUCAGAUUGUCAGGGUUGACCCCAUACUACUUGUAAAGGGCCAAGAAACAGUACGAAAAGGUGCAUGUGUCACUCAAAAUUUCAUUGGGAUGGAUGGAAUCUGAAAUGUACCAAGGUGACUUCUUCUCUCAAGGUUGUAAUUGCUUGUGUGGCGGGUGCAUCAUCAGUCAUAGUUUUGUGUGUGAUAUUCUUUCUAUAUCAUCUCCGGAAAAGAAGACUGGCUGAACUCCAAGACUCUGUUGAGCUCAAGGGAGAUGAAACUGAAGGCAUAGAUGUGCCCUUUUUCAGAUGGGAAAGCAUACUAGCUGCUACAAAGAACUUUGCUGACGAUAAUAAGCUUGGAACAGGGGGUUUUGGUUCUGUAUACAGGGUAAUAUUUUUAUAAUCUAGCAAAUAUUACGAUAUUCCCAAAUUUGAUGACUUAUAAAUAAUUUAUACGGAAAAUGUCCAUUAUUUCGAUGGGGCCAAAGAUUUAUGGUUCUUUGGUUUCGGAUUAUAGUGGAUUAAAGUUGCGCAUGACAUUUGGUACCAAGGGUCAAUCUAAAACAACUUUUUUUUAUCAUUAACAAUAAGGUUGUGUAGAUCCCACCCUUCCAAACUCCACUCUAGGUGGGAGCCACUCAGUGGCAUUGGGGUAAUGGAAUGUAUGAUUUAUACGAAACACUGAAUAUAGGGAACGCUUCCAGUUGGGCCCGAAAAUGCUGUGAAGAGGCUUUCAAGUGUAUCGGUGCAAGGUGUUGAAGAAUUUAGGACCGAGGUUAAACUGAUUGCUAAACUCCAGCAUCGGAAUCUUGUAAAAUUGCAGACUUUGGCAUUGC